AUGUUGGUCGCCAAGGGCUUGGGGUUCUUCUCCCUCCUCUCUGCGGUGCUGGGAUCUCCGCGCACUUCUCCUCGCGAUCAGCAACACCAAUCCCGCUCCGCGAAUGCCACAACCGAGUAUGAUUAUAUCGUUGUCGGCUCCGGGGCGGGUGGUGGUCCCCUGGCUGCUCGCCUGGCUCGGGGAGGAUACAAGGUCCUUCUCCUGGACGCCGGUGAUGAUCAGGGUAACUCUCUGCAGCAGAUAGUUCCAGCCCUUCAGCUACAAUCGACCGAGUAUAGUCCCCAGACCUGGAACUUCUACAUCAACCACUAUACCAACCUCACCCGCCAAGAGGAGGACUCCAAAAUGACUUACCGCACUCCGGCCGGGAAGCUGCAUAGGGGUCCCAAUCCUCCCACAGGCUCUGAGCCACUGGGUAUUCUGUACCCGCGUGCAGGUACAUUGGGUGGAUGUACCGCUCACAAUGCUAUGGUCACGGUCUACCCGUACGAAAGCGACUGGGACAACCUCGCUGCUCUCACCGGAAACGACUCGUGGGCGGCCGAUAAGAUGCGCGACUACUACCGCCGUCUCGAGGUCAACCGCUACGCCCCGGGCGACGUCGUCAGCCACGGCUAUAGUGGUUGGCUCCAGACCUCCCUCGCCCCACUAAACCUCAUCCUAGACGACAUGAAGCUGCUCUCACUCGUCAUCGCUGCUGGUACUGCCGCCGGCAAGAACCUGGCGGGCAAGGUGAUCAACACUGUGACCGGUCUGGCGGAAAUACUCAUACGCGACGCCAACAGCGGCACGCGUAACAGGACUGAGGAUCUCUACCGGCUCCCUGUCGCGGUGAAAGUGCCCGACUACAAACGUUCCGGAUCGCGUGACUUCCUCCUCGAGACUGUGGCCGAGACCGAUAACGAUGGCAACCGCAGGUACCACCUCGAUAUCCAGCUCACCACUCUUGUCACCAACCUCAUCUUAGACAGCUCCGGCCCCCGUCCCCGCGCCAUUGGCGUUGACUACAUGAAGGGCAAGAGUCUAUAUCGUGCGGACCCGCGGUCGGACAGUGCAUCCCCCGGCGUUCCUGGAAGCGUGUACGCAGCCAAGGAAGUCAUCCUCUCUGGAGGCACCUUCAACACCCCGCAACUGCUCAAGCUCAGCGGCAUCGGUUCCAAAGCUGAACUGGAUAAAUGGAAUAUCUCUACGCUCGUUGACCUCCCUGGCGUCGGAACAAACCUGCAGGACCGCUAUGAAACCAGUGUCAUUGGCAAAUUCCCCACAGACUUCUCGCUUAUAUCCCAGUGUACCUUUCUUGGAGCCCUCCCUGACCCGUGCUAUGAGAAGUGGAAAUAUGAAAUCCUUGAUAAGGGCGCCUAUAUGUCUAAUAACAUCCCCAUUGCUAUUAUCAGGCAGUCCUCUGUGGCUGAAAAUAAUGAACCUGAUCUGCUUAUCUCUGGUGCCCCUGCUAACUUCCAGGGCUAUUUCUCUGGUUACUCAAGCAGCUCCUGGAACGAUGCGCGGCACUGGUCCUGGGUCACACUCAAGUCCCGCUCGCGCAAUAACGCAGGGACCGUCCAGCUCCGCUCCACUGAUCCCCGCGACACCCCAAUCAUCAACUUCCACUCCUUUGAUGAUGGUGUCACUGCUAAUGAUGCAGACCAGAAGGAUCUCCAGGCUGUCUAUGAGGCGAUGGAGUUCUCCCGGUCCAUCUUUAAAAACCUUGUUCCCCUGCAAGGUGGAUUCGAGGAGACCUGGCCCGGUCCCAACGUGACCACUGAGGCGGAGAUUAAGGAUUUCAUCAAGUGUGAGGCUUGGGGUCACCAUGCCUGCUGUACGGCUCCGAUUGGCGCAGAUGAUGAUCCGAUGGCGGUGUUGGAUGGCGACUUCCGUGUGCGUGGAGUUGAUGGACUUCGGGUUGUCGAUGCCAGUGUCUUCCCCAGGAUUCCGGGAUAUUAUCUUGCCUUGCCGACUUACAUGAUUAGCGAGAAAGCGGCAGAUGUGAUUUUGGGGCAGGCCUGA